AUGUUUCGAGUGGGAUCUGGUGGCCUGGUACGCACCACCGAUGAGAACUGUGAGCGCCUAAAAUGCAUGGUUGAACGCUCUGUAGAGCAGAACAAUUUGGAGACGGCGGAGUUCUUGGCAGAGUUACUCUUUACCGAAGUGCGAAGGCUAGAAGGAGCGCAGCGGGAAUUGGUGGAAGCUGCAUAUUUGUAUGGAUUGGUGCUUUAUCUGAAAGGUGAUCCGAAGAGCUCUCAGGCUGUUGUUCGCCAGUAUGCCACCGAAAGCCUCCUUUGUGCGUACGUACUUGCACGAAGUGCAUUGAAACUGGAUAGGACUGCGUGGAAUGAGGCUACGAGGACUUUAGACCUUUUGCUGGGUGCAGGCUCUUUCCCCAGUGCUGAACCACAGUAUGGGAUGCCAGAUGAAGCGACUAUGCACUGCAUUUUGGGUCAACUGUACUUCAAACUGGACAGACUAGAGGAAGGCCGAGUGGCACACUCUCGAGCCGUCGAACUGGAUCCCUAUCUUUGGGAGUCUUUCAAAGCCUUGUGCGACAUGGGAGCGAACGUUAAGGUGGGUGGCCUUUUCAAGACGUCGCGAGAUCAAUCUAGGAACACUUCACAGCCGCAAAGUAGGAAACGCAAAAGCGUUGGAAGCAAAUCCCACCCGCCAUUCAAAGUUCCGGGUUUUGAUUCUAAAAGGCGCACUACUCACCACACUCAUAAUCAAUUGCCCGGCGCAAAAUCGAAACUUGGAGUACCCACUACUUCACUCUUAAAGCCUCUCAACGGUGCUGGCGCCGUUGCGUCACACUCGUCCAACCCCAAGUCAAGGCUCUUAGCGACCCCCCCGUCUAAAUUUGCGGCACACGAGCGCUCGUUCACUCCUGAUCAUACGUCGAAGAGAGCUAAUACGAAUUUUAAUACUAAUACAGUUGCCGGUAACGGGCUUGAUGGUUCCGGAGGGUAUGUCGUUGAAUUGGAUGCAAUUCUCUACGCUCUAGCCAAAUCCUACAAGUGCGCCUCGAGAUUCGACUGUUACAAGGCAGUUCGUAUCCUAAAUGAAAGAUUACCUCGGCAUAUCCUUACAGGGAUGCCAUGGGUCCUCGCGGCAUUGGGCAAGUUACACUUUGAACUAGUCAACUAUGAAAUGUCUAGGAAAUUCUUUGUGGCUCUGCGGGAUCUCCAGCCUUUCAGAGUCCGAGAUAUGGAAAUAUACUCAACGCUGAUGUGGCACUUAAAUGACUCGAAUGGGCUCUCAUACCUGAGUCACGAACUUUUGGAGGUCAACCGUUUAGCUCCAGAAACUUGGUGCUGUGUCGGGAACCUUUUUUCGCUCAAAAAAGAUCACGAAGAGUCUACUAAAGCUUUUCAGAGAAGCACCCAGCUCGAUCCGUUAUUUACAUAUGCUUACACUUUACAAGGACACGAAUAUUCUAGCAACGAUGCCCUGGACACUGCUAUGACGUGCUAUCGUAUGGCCCUGGCUUCAAAUUCGCAACAUUAUAAUGCAUAUUACGGCUUGGGAAUGUGCUGCUUGAAAUUGGGUCAGUAUGAGGACUGCUUUUUACAUUUUGAAAAGGCUAGGAGUAUUAACCCCGUGAAUGUUAUCCUCAUUUGCUGCUGUGGUGUUGCACUUGAAAAGCUUUCGCAUCAAGAAAAGGCAUUAGAAUAUUAUGACCUCGCAUGCGAACUUCAACCCAUGUCAUCCCUUGCACUUUUUAAGAGGGCUCAACUACUCUUAUCCAUGGGAAAAUACAAUAUUGCUCUGGAGAGUUUUGAACAGUUGGUUAACAUUGCUCCUCAUGAGGCCACUGUUCACUUUCUGUUAGGACAGCUGUAUCAGAUAGUUGGCCGAAAGCAAGAUGCGAUCAAAGAAUUGACAGUCGCAAUGAACCUGGAUCCCAAAGGAAGCCAGCUCAUUCAAACGGCGCUCGAAAAGUGUCAUUUGAUGGAAUAA